AUGUCAAUUUUCAAUUACGAAGAGAGCAUGCAGUUGCUUGCAGACAUGCAACCACGACCCAUACCCGGAGAGCCUGAACGAUAUCGCGUUACAGAAAAAGCCAUUGGCAAACCCUGGGACGUCUGCCCAUUGCGGCCACUGAACUUCUGGUUUCGGACUCGUCGAGUAUUCGCAUUCGGGCAUCCUAUUAGCCCUAGAACGCCCAACGUUUACGCUCUCCAUUUGCAGCCUCCAUCGGCCUUCGUCAGGUUUCUGCUACACCUGCUUCAGUCUUUCCCCUCAUUCAUCCGCUCAUGGUUCCAUCUUCACUUGCCUGAGUGGUUUCUACCGAAUCGAAUUGUCUUGAAGUGCCAGAAAAGGGGCACAGACGUUGAGUAUGCGGAUGACGAGCGGCUCGAGCGACUCUUUGAAGCGGAGCACUACGCAUAUAACCGGCUAAAGCCCAUCCAGGGUUUGACGAUUCCCAGGUGCUAUGGAUCGACACAUUUCAGUGGCAGAAAGGCUUUGAUUUUACAGCAUUGUCCCGGGGAAACUCUAGAGCAACCGGAGGCAGCCACUUUGUCUUACAGCGAGAGCAAAAAGCUCCUCGGCGAUUCCUUCAAUGAGAUGGCAGACCAGGGGGCAGUUCAACAAGAUGCAAGCCUCUCCAACUUCAUCUUAGCACCAGACAAGAGGAGAAUCACGGCCGUGGGUUUGGAGCGUGUCACCUUUCCAAACACGUCAGAGGAUAUAGAGUGCCACUCUCUCUUAUCCAUGCAAACCACACUGGAAAACUACCUCGGCAGGCAGCGAUUCCUGAGAAGCGAUGGGUACCUCGAGGCAGCCUAG